AUAUAGUAAUGCGCAACAGUUGUUUAGAUUGUUGUAGCGUAUCGAUGCAUGUUUUUACACGUUAUUUUGUAUAGCAUUACUUAUAAGUUUAAUUAUUAUUUCAGUGAAAUUAUGUGUAGAGUAUAAUAAUUAUUAUAAUUGUUCCAUUAUCAUUAGCGGUUAUUGUAAUUUGGUCAAUUUUAGUUGGUUAGCCAACCGUACAUUUAAUUACCGUUAUACUAUAUCGUUGUCAUCCAUUUUGCUUCUUAUCGAAUGAUCAAUUAUAUUAAUUAGAGCAUGUAUAUGAAAUUCUGACAAUCUAAAUAUUAUGCGAAUAUAAAUUUAUUUCUUCUUUAAUCGUUAAAUAUAUAUAAAUACAUUCCAUAUAAAUAAUUCUUCUAUAAAUAUAAGUACUCUUAUUUCAAAGAAAAUUAUAUUUUAUUAGCAAUUGUUCUGUAAAAUUAACUUUUUCUACUUCUUAUCUUGUGGUUUUCAAAACAUCGCGAGAGAAUUAAAAAAAAAUGUAACGUGACCUCAAUUUCCUUAACAGAAUACUACACAGUGUAUAACGGAAUAGCCGUGAUGUAAUUAAAUGUGCGGAUGAACAAAAUGGAACACGAAAAAUACCGUUAUAUCGAUAAAAGAAUAAAGAUUUCUUUUUAUAUUUUAUUUAAAAAGUAAUUCUAUUUCAUCAAACUUGACGCGUUAUGUCACAAUUGGCAAUGUUCCAGAUAUUCUUGUCUAGAUUGUCUUGAUAUAUAUUGAUCCUACAAAAGUACAUUAUUAUUUAGUGUUAGAUACAAAUACAUACAUUUUUCUUUGAAGUUGAAAUAGAAAAAUUACAUGCACAUCAAUAAUAUAAAUUAAUGAUCAUACAAUUAAAAAUUAUGUAUAGCGUAUAAAUUUAUAAAUAUGUGCAAAGUUUGGCUUGUUUUAUGUAAAAAAAUAAAUGUACGAUUUUACGCUGCCUCACAUAUUUUUUUCUUCUUGGUUCUAUGAGCAUGUCACAUUUUUCGCAAUUACAUAUAUAGGUCACUGGAUCACACACAUGUGGCAGUUUUAACCGCGUGUAUCAACUGCAUGACUGCAUUCUCAAGCGAGUCUGGUACGAGGAUAUGGAGAGAAACGUUGCGAGAGCGUGACCAAAUUACGCGUUUGAUCAAAUUGAUUUGCAGUCUUGCGAGCAAGAACUCAUAGCUUUGUAAAAAAAUAUAUUCUAUUUUUCCAUACGUAAAAUAACUAAUUAUCUUUCAUUAAUGAUCUUAAACUUAAAAACUUUUUUUCCAUUAUUUCAUUUGCCAUUAAAUUUAUUUUUUAUUUAAAUUUCGAAUUAUCUCCAAGAAUGCCAGUUUCCAUAGAUUGUCAGUAAAAAAUGUUUGCAGCUGUAAUUCUUCCAUUUAACAAUAUGUCAUGUCAUAUUAAUAACUUUUUGACAAUAAUUAAGUUUUAUAUGUGUAAAUUAUCUACUGGGAAGAAUCAAGUUUUUUUUUUACGAGAGAAAUAUAAAUACAAAAAUAUAUAUAAAACUAAAAUUGUGUGUUGAUAAAAUUGUUCAUCAAAUAAAUAAUUUUUUUCUCCCAAUUUUAUCGAUAAGAUAAAGUAAGAUAAGGUAAAGAUACUUCUCAGGUUACUAUUGCGAAUUGGUGAGGUAGGAAGUCAGUUUUAGUCUCGAAUAAUACAUUCGCCGGUUCGGAGUAUAAAUGAAGGACAAUGACCUAAUUGUGUGCAGAACGUGUUGUGCUUCUUCGAUGGUCAAUCACCGUGCGCGCAUUUCCUUAUUUAUAAGAGAACGGUACAGUUUUGCACGUUUUAGUCGACAAGAGCAUAAAUUAUUAUGAAGACAACUAGUUGGAUCUGCUGUCUCCUUGCCGUGUGUAUCUGUCUUUCCGAAGCGAAGAAUAAGAUUAGAAGACCGUUAUCUUCACCAUAUGCUCCAAUGAUAGUAUUAAAAAAAUCUCGGCCUAUUAAUCAAAGAAUAUCUAUGGAAAAUGCCAUUCAUAUCGGUGGUAGUCUAUCUCACCAAAGAGUACCUUACAAACAUGCCAAUUACAGGAUUCGUCGGCCAAUAUAUAAUGUUUUGUCGACUAACUGGAAAAAUCAAAUUCCAAUGCGAGCAGUAUCCUUAAACAAUCAUCCAAUUUUGCCACAGCGUGCUUCUACUAAAGAUUUUUUUUCUAUAAACAAGGUACUGGAAUAUAGUCCAGAAUACAGAUCAGAAUUAGUAGUUUUACCAUCUACUCAUCGAGGAGGUGUCGAUGACGAUAAAGGACCUAUCCAUACCAUUCCCGCGCCAAAUCUGAAUCCAGCGGAUAAGUCGUACAAUACUAAUUUGGCCACCACUAAUUUAGACGAUAUUGCAGAUUUCAAUUAUUAUAACUCGAUUACUCCUACACAAAAUCCUAAAAAAAUCACUUUUGUAUCAGCCAUGGGCAAUCUAUCGUCGCAAGAAACAGCAACGAGCGUGAUUCCACCACAACAUCAAUACCAAGUUACAGAAAGCAACGAUGUGACUUUAAAGGACUAUGAAACUGCCCAGCCGGACAUCUUCCAACCACAAGAUUUGGAUAUAUCAAGGCUGUACUCGAUUAUAAUUAAUAAUCCUCAGCCACAAUCCAACGAGCUUUUCGCAAAUCAUCCUGCGAUACAAGAUAACUCAGAUACGAGUAUCAUAGGUUCGACUGUAUCAAUUGAACCUUUUGGCCAGUCAAACAUACCAAUGCAAACGAAUCUUCAUAGUUCCCUACAUGUUGGAUUUCCUGCCACUGGCAUUCCACAAACACCAUACACCAUAGCGCAGCAGAUCCCAGCAGACCUUCACGUAGACCAACCGGCUCCAGGGUCACCGUUAUCAGCCUCGCAAUUAUAUAGUCUAUUAAAUAAUUUUCCACACAAACUCGCCGAGCGAUAUACAACAGAUCAGCAAUAUAUUUCUCAGCACCAACUCGGUCAAGCAUUAGAUCAAGCAGUAACAAGCUUUUCUCAACCGCAAAUGCACUCUUUCAAUUAUGAUGAACAAAAUAACCAGCUACAGCGACGACAACAGCAACUUUUACCUGACCAAGAUUAUGCCUCGGAAAGCAUCACAGCAAAUUAUAAUCAUAAUUCGGAAUCUUCGGUACAUGUACGUAAACAAAAUGACAAUUCGCAUCCUAACGAAGAAUUUACGUAUCCAAUUAGUGAUACCAAACAAUCCAAAAACAAUAUUCAAUAUCGGGAAAUAAACCAGCAAAGAAAUCCGACGACAUAUUUUGAUAAAGUAGUCAACGAUAAUGCUAUAUCAACAAGAUUCUAUACGAUACUUCCUAAUAGAGAAACUGCUGAAAAAUUGGCCGCUUUGGCCGCUGCCGGUAACGUAAACAGUCGUCUCAUUGGUCAGCUUCGAAAACAGGAGAAAGAAACUGUGCAGAAAGAAAAAUCAAUGCCGCUUAAUCAUAAAAACGAUGAAAAUGAUGUGUUAAAUCACCGUAGCAAGUCGCAAAUCGAUGAUUAUGAACACCAAAAGUAUAAUCAACCGAAAUUAAAUCAGAACAGUCAGCAACAGCAGCACAACCACAGACAAAAUUAUAUAAUGCAGAACGAAAAGUUACCUCUACAAAUUACGGUACCCGACGAGAGUGACUAUACUAUGAACGUCAAUGAUGACAACCAAAAUGACGUGAGAAAAGACGAUAUAGACAACGAGUACGAAUAUGAAAGUGAAGAUGGGCAAAUUAAAGAUAUGCAAUCGGUCACUUUGGACGAUAAUGGUCCCCAUAUUGAGUUUGAUAGUCGUUUGCCUUCUUAAAAAAAUAAAAAUAUUAGAGAGGACGCAUACAUAUAUUACAUUAAUAAUUAGUAAAAUUAGUGAAAUUGUUAGAAAAAGAUAGGAAUAGAAUAUGUUGUAAUUAAUGUAAAUUAAUAUAUACAUUUAUUUAUUUAUGCUUUUGGAAGACGAGGUGUGCAUAUUAUACCAUAUUUCCAUUUGUCAUCCCAUUGACGGUAAUCAGGCUGGAAUAUCUUUGUCCAUCGCAAAAUUUCACUUACUUGCUUUAAAUAAGAGCAUGUACAUAUAUGUAAUAGAUGAAUCAAUGACAAUUUCAAUAAUGUAUAACUGAUAUACUUUACUCCAAGUACAAAUUGUUAGUUUAUUAGGCAUAUUUUUAACUUUUUCUCUCGCCUGUGUAAAUUUGAAUUUAGAAUUUAGUACUUAAAAUAUACAUAGCAAAUAUCUUUAUGUAAAAUUGUAAGGGUAAUUCAACUAUACUGUUUAUUCCUUUUUUUGUUAUUACUAUACAUUUGCAAAGACAAAAAGUUAUUGUAUUAUUGUAAAAUGUACAAGAAGACAACUUAACUAAGACUCCUUCACAUGAAUUUCGCAACAAUUUAGACAGUUGCAGGAAAAUAAAGAAGUAGAAAACUACUACAAGUGA